AUGGAGAAGCAGCCAUCUAGGGCUGAGAGCAGACUUUUACCUCCAGCUAAUAUAGUCAUGCAUGACUGGUGUAAGUUGGAAGCUGUACCAGUGGUACAUUCUAGUACCUUGAUGUCAAGCAUAAUGGAGAAACCACUUAGUCUGGAUAUACCCAGCAAGUCUGAAACACUACCCACUGAAGAAGCAUUUCUCAUUAAAAACGCAUUCCUUUCUAAAGAGGAAUGCGCUAUCAAGGAACCAACCCUUAUCAAGAAGGCAGUGGAGAAGUGCACAAAUGAUGCAGAGAUGUCCCUAUUAGAGAAAUUACUAUCCUUGAAGGAGACUGACAACGAGUUUGGGACAGAAAAAAUGACUUUUGGGAAGGAGGCUAAAAUUGAAGAGUCACUUUCCACUGAGAAGUCAUUAUCUUUAAAUAAGAAGACGAAUACCACUGAUAAAAAUGUCUAUUCAACGACUCCACUGAUGUUACAGAAUACCAUUUCUAAGGAGAAGGCCUCCAGUAUGGAUCCUAUUGAGCAAUACCUUCCUGGGAAACCACCUUCAUUGCAAGAGGAGCACAGCACUGAGCAACAGGGAUCCAUCUUGCAGAAAUCACUGGCUUUGCAGAAGAUAAGCCUAGAAGAGGAUCCCAUCUGUACAGUAUCAUCAGCUUUUGAGAUGAAAUCUACAGCUAAGGAGACAGCCCUCAUCUCAGAGCCAUUUUUAAAGAAGAACUAUACUCCUGAAAAGAAGAACACUAUUGAGAGGAAGAGAUCCUGUUCGAAUACAUCAUUAGUAUGUCAGGAGAUAGGAAGUCCUCUUACCACUGAGGAGUUCCAGAAGCCACCUCUCAUGCAGAAGAAACAACCCAUUCAAGGGCAGGUGGCCAUCUUUAAGAGGCCAUGGUCAUUAGAAACAGAUUUGAGUGACAAAUCCAACACUUGUCUGAAACAAACUACCUAUAAAAAAAAACAUACUACCAUGAGGACAACUCACAUGAAGACAUUACCACUUGUAAAAAGGAAGAAACGUAACACUUGGAGGAAAAUGCGCUACUAUAAGCCACUAGAAGUGCGGGAAGUCACCCAUAAAGAUGAGUUACCCACUAAGGAGCCAAUGUUCUGGAGGCCUAACACUGAGAAGAAUGCCCUUUUCCAAAAGUCAUUUGUAUUCCAAGGGAAUUACACCAACCAGGAAGAUAAAGUCACCUCUGAGAAAACUUUAUGUCCACAGAAGUUUCCCACUGAGAACUCAUAUCAACAGGAGGCUUUGGAUCUGACCAAGAAAUGUGUGAUGGAGGAGGCCGCCCCUAUCAAGAAGCCUGUACCUUUUAAGAAACCACAACCCUCCACUCAAAAGAUAGUGUCCUACAUGAAACCAUUAUUUUUGCCGACUACCACGUUUGGAGAGAAUUCACAUACUCAGGAACCAUUUUCCUUUCAAAAAGAAACCAUGCCUUCAAAGACAAAAAUGUAUACCACUCAGAACAUGCCUUUCUGUCAAGGACCAUCAGAUUGCAAAGAGAUGAUUACUGAAGAAAUUCAUUCCUUUUUUAUGAAGCCACCACUUAGGAAGAAGCCUAAAACUGAAGAGGAGGUCCUCUUCCAGGAUUCAGUUGCAUUUAAAGAGAAUACUACUCUACAGGGCAUGUCCCACUCAAAGAAGCCAUCAGUGUUACAGACCACCACCACUGAAGAAGACUCAUAUAGUAAGAAACCCAUGGUUUUUCUGGAGAAUCCUAUAAUUGAAAAACUUUUUGUUCAGGAACCAUUUUCUUUCUAUGGUAAUCUUGAUAAAGAAGAGUCUUGUUUUCUGAAGGCAUUCAACUUUCAAGAGAAGACUGAUAUAAAAAGUGACUUCCUGAAAAAGCAGCUGGCUUUUCAUGAGAACCCUACCAUCAAAGAUGAUUUACCUUUAAAUAAGCUUUUACUUUGGAAAAAAGUGCCCUCUGCUGAAACAGCAACAAACUUAGAGGGGCAAUUAUCUUUAAAGAAGCCCACUUACCAAGAACAGGAGAUCUUAAAGAAGCAGCUAGCUUUCUGUGAGACCACCAAUGAUGAGUACCCUAAUGAACCGCUGGACUUGAGUAUCUCUGGUAGCAUUGACAAGCUGGCUACCCAGAUGAAGCCCUGUCCCUUACAGAAGCCCAGUGCUAAGAAGAAGCUUUCCUUCCAGAAACCAUUGAUUCUGAAGAAGCAUUUUGCUAUUACCAAUCAUGAUGUUGUGGAACACAUUACUGACACAGAGGCUCAGCUCAAGAAACCUUUGACCUUGGAAGUCAAAUCCAACAAUGAAAAGGGGGCUCCCCUAAAAGAGCCCUUGGCCUUAGAUAAGAAUCCCAUUCUUGAGAACAAAGACAUCCUCAAAAGGCCCUUAAUCUUUCAGAAGGCCAUCAGUGAUAAAAGAGUUUUAUUUCAAAAGGCAUUAGCCAUGAGUAAAAAAUUGGUCACUCAGAAACAGUCAUUCCUUAAGCAACCAUUGGCUUUGGAAAAUGAUUCUACACAUAAAGAGAACACUUUUUUAAAAAAAUUGAUCCCUGAAGUUGAGAACAGCUCAUGUACAUUGAGCAAUGACUUCUCAUCUAAAGCAAGCACGUUGGACAAUGCAGCCAAGCCAAGUACCACUAGCAACACUAGUGCCUGUGAAUUGAAUUCAAAACAACCUUUCUUGUUUCAGAACAAGAAAAUAUCACAAAAGAAAAGUGAACUGGAAGCUAUUGAAGAUGAUAAUAAUGAUUUAUUUUUCAACUUAGAAUAUGCUAAGGAUAUCUUUGCUUACUUGAAGGAAAGAGAGGAAAAUUUCAUACUUACAAAUUACAUGGACAAACAGACGGAUCUCACCAGUGAUAUGAGGGCCCUUCUUGUGGACUGGUUAGUGGAGGUACAGAUGAACUUUGAGAUGAGUCACGAGACCUUGUAUUUGGCAAUAAAGCUGGUGGAUCACUACUUAACAACGUCAUUGUGCAAGAAGGAGAAUUUACAACUUCUUGGUUCUACUGCCUUUUUUAUUGCAACAAAAUUUGAGGAACCCUAUCCACCUUCUUUGAAGGAAUUCCUGUACAUCUGUGAAGACCUUUAUCAACGAGAAGAUAUGCUUGCUAUGGAAGCCAGCAUUCUAACAAACCUUGACUAUGACAUCAAUAUUCCCGUUGCCUAUCAUUUUCUGCGAAGAUAUGCUAUGUGUCUCCAGUCCAGCAUGACAACACUGACACUGUCCCGCUACAUCUGUGAGAUAACCCUGCAAGAAAGUCACUACAUCCCUGAGAGGGCUUCCAAGCUAGCAGCUGGCUCUUUCCUCCUGGCCCUCUGCAUGAAGAAUCUUGGACACUUGAUUCGUUCUCUGGAACAUCACAGUGGCUAUAAGGUCUCUGACCUUCGCUGUCUGGUCAGGAAAUUGAAUGUACUGGUGACUUUACAACCGUACAGCGAGUUCAAGACUGUGUAUAACAAGUACUGUAGCCAGGUAUAUUAUGAAGUUGCUAAAAUAGGCCCCUUGGAAAUGGCGGACCUGGAGGAAAUUUUACACACUGACUGA